AUGAAAUUGUUACGUUUAUCAAUUGUUGAUAAUUUGGAUAUACGUGAAAUUCUUGAUUGGAAUUCUUGUAUUGAUCAUUUUAAUAGUUGUAUACAAAAAAUAAUAACUAUUCCAGCUGCUUUACAAAAUAUUCGUAAUCCAGUAUCACGUGUUCCACAUCCUGAUUGGUUACAUAAACUUGAACAUGAAUUAGUACAAAUUGAAAUAAAAAUUUCAAGAAUAUUUUAUGUUAAUUAUCGUACAUCAAUUGAAAAUAAUAAUAAUAAUAAUACACAUGAACAAUUCAAACCAAUGCAACGAUCAAUUGGUUAUAAACGUACAAUAAAUAAUUAUUCAAAACGUGUUAAUCGUUUAUUAUCACGUUGUUCACAAGCUUAUUAUUUAUAUGAAUAUCGUUUAGAUGAAAAUGAUUUUCUUAAUUAUUAUACAUAUAUAAUAACAGAGUUAAGUAAUCCAAAUAUAGGUGUUUAUGAAAUGAAUGUACCCUUAGAUUUUCAUUUACUUAUUGUACUUGAUUGUAUAUGUUCAUUACAUAAAGAACAUCAUUGUACAAAUAUACUUUCAAAUUUAUAUCAUUUUAAUCAAUUAGAAUUUUUAUCAUUAUCAGAACAAACAUAUUUACAAUCUGAUAAUGGAAAAUUAUUUAUUGCUUUAUUUAUACCAGAUAAUUGUCGUGUAUUUAUUGGUAUUUUAGAUAAUAUUAGAGAAAAUCAUAUGUCAAAUUUAAAUAAAUUAUUAAAAAAUCAAUGUGAAAAAAGACUACAAAAAGGUAUUGAUACAAAUUUAUUACCAAUAAAUGAACAUCAAUUUCAAGUUAAAGUUGAUACAGAUAUAGAAAAUAUUUGGAAAAGAUUUAAUAAAAUUAUUUCAAAUCGUAAUUUUGAUCGUUGUAAAGAAGGUAUUGAUUAUGAUGGAACAACAAGUACAUUUAGUGGUACAGUUGAAUUUAAAGAGGAAGGUGUUUGUGGUGUUGUGAAAGAUGUAUUUUUACUUUGGUAUAAUGCAUUACGUCUUGUUAAAUCUUGUGAUCAAUUAAAAGUUGAUAAAAAACAUUUUUUUUAUUUUUGA